AUGGUUAAAGUAUACGUUCACGACAACAAGAGCGGCAUCGAUUACCGCGAAUCUCACAAUUCCGGCACGGAGCUUUCCCUAGAUGAGCUAGCGAAAUUGGGAGUGAUCUAUAAAUAUUGUGCAACCGAAGCUGACGUGAACGAGAUUGCAAAAGAGAGACAAUACAGAAACAGAGACGUGGUCGAUAUUCACCAAGGCUCUUUCAAGAACGAAGCGGAUUUCAACGAAAAACUAGCCAUGUUUUACAAAGAGCAUUUGCACGAAGACGAAGAAAUUAGGUACUGUCUGGAAGGCACUGGGUAUUUUGACGUCAGAGAUGCUUCCACACCUGAAAACUGGGUCAGGUGCCGGGUAGAGCCGGGAGAUUUACUAAUUCUUCCGCCGGGUAUCUACCACCGUUUCACGUUGACGAGUACUAAUCAUAUCAAGGCUUUGAGGCUGUUCAAAGACGAACCUAAGUGGCAGGCGAUUAACAGGUCUACCCAGGCAGACGCUUUGCCCGUUCGCAAGCACUAUGUAUCCCGAAUUAAUCAGUACUAA